AUGCCUUGUCUGUCGGCCUGUAAUGUGCGAUUUGUGAGUGCCGAAGCGCAAAUCAAGCAGAAGUGCCAGGAGCUGCGGGCCCGCGCCCAGACUGCCGCAUAUCGGACGGCACCUAGAGGAUAUAGACCAUUUACUUCUGUGGCUCCUAAUCCAAGCUUUGCGCCUUUUCGUAGACGCAGCGAGCAGUUUGCUGCCUUCGAUCAAAAGCAGCUAAAGCGCAAUGAACGGGAACGAAGACGCAAUCAGGGCGCCAAGGAGCUUGUACUGCGACCCAGCGAUCUAAAGCGACUGAAGGAAAAGUGCAGGGUUGUCAGCAUUCAUGAGAAGUUGCAAGCCAUUGAGCAGAACGAGGCGGAACACCGUAAACAGUUGCAGCUGGUGAAGGAAACAAAGCAACGCUUUAAGGAGAUCGACGCCGCUCGCAAGGCGACAUUACCUAAGGAGCCCGAAGAGAGUAGCAUGGUCGAGGAGGCGCUAGAGGAGCAAAACACGGUGCUAAGUCGAGCCAUACUGGCCAAACAGGAGCAGGAGGAGGAGGUGAAGCAAGUCAACCGGAUGAUUCUCGACGCCAAGUGCAAGGCAGUGCGGGAAGCACAAAUCCAGGAGAAACAGCUCAUGGCUAGAGCACUGCGCGAGGACGACGAACGCCUGGCCAAGAUGGUCAACCAGCGAGCAAAAGAGGCUCUCAAUGCUGAGGACGAGCGAGAGCGGCUCGAAAUCGAAAAGCGAGCCAAAUAUGCACAGGAGAUUCGCCAGCAGUUGACUGAGCGCGAAAACAAACGCUUCUUGGAGGCCCAGCGGGUGGCCGAAGAGGCCAAACACCUGCGCAAGGCCACCGAACUGCUGCGAGAAGAGGAGGAACGCCAGCGCAACUUUGUACAGAUGCGCAAGCUUCGAUUUCGCGAAGAGCUGCAGCGCAUUCGCGAUAUGUCCCACAUCUUCAAGACGAUGCUCUGCGAGCAGGAGCGACUGGCGGACCUGCGGGUGGCAGCUUAUAUGCGCGAGAAGCAGGAGAAGGAACGCCAGCUGAAGGACAUGCAGAAGGUGGUGAAAAAGGAGUUUGAGCGGAGACAGCAGCGCAUCUUCACAAUAGCCGCCGAGGCCCAGGAGACACGUCAGACCAACGAAGAGCUCAAGUAUCUCAAAGAACGCAAUCGAGUGGAGCGCGAGUAUCGCCAACGGGAGAAGGAAGUGGCUAUGGCAAAGCGGGAGGCCGAACGCGAUCUGUUAGAGUCGCGUGCCCAGCAAGCACAGGAAAUGAAGCAGCGCCUGGCCCAGGAGAUAGCUCACGCCGAGCAAGAUUUCAACAAGUUGCUGGCACGCAUGCGCGAUGAGGAGGAAAAGCAGAAAAGACUAGACCGCGAACGCGACCUGCGCACCCAGACAUAUCGGCGUGACCUGAAGCAACAAAUGACGGACAGGCAGGAGGAACGCCGCCGGCUAGCGGACAUCGAACAUGAGCGCAUGCAGAAGUGGUUGGAGGAGGACCGACUGCGGGAUGCCAAUAUCAAGCAGGUAAUCAGCUCCAAAAUUGCAGCCAUGCGCGACAAUUGUCUGCCCGAAAAGUACUUGAAGGAAGUCGAGAAGCAGCUCAAGAACAUCCAAGGCACUCGCAAUAGAAUUCGUUGA